UCCCACCAGCUCCUCCAAGUGUCUAAUACACUGGAAAAUCAAAGCGCGAGCCUCCCCUGUUCACACACCACCAGUGUUGCGCGUGGAGCACAACAGAGAGCGAGAGAGAGGGGUGAUUUUACUCUCUUCUCCUCUCCCCUCAGUUUAACUAUUCUGUAAACUUAUCUGAGCACAUACAUGUGACAACCUUAGAUCUGAUUUUUUUAAUAUGGGACAGGUUUUGCUUUUGUAUUUACUUUGUAGCUGUAAAGUAUGAUGGUUUUAUGAGGCAAAAUAUGUCUAGGUGAGGAGAUUUUACGCACGCCGCUGAAAUGGAUCACAGACUCUCCAGAGGCAGCUGGGUACCGGUGACUGGGCUGGUUGUAUGUCUGCUUCUGUGUGCGUGUGUAGUGGACCUGGUUCUUGCCCAAAUUCGGUACUCCAUUCCUGAAGAGCUGGAGCAUGGAGCUUUUGUGGGCAACAUCGCCGAAGAUCUGGGCUUGGAUGUGGCCAAGCUGUCAGCACGUCGAUUUCGUAUAGUCUCGGGCGCAAAGAGGCAGUAUUUAGAAGUAAACUUGGAGAAUGGCAUUCUCUUCGUCAACGAAAAGAUAGACAGAGAGGAUCUGUGUGAACGAAGUCCGAACUGUUUUUUACACUUACAAGUGGUCAUUGAAAACCCCUUAGAACUGUACAGAGUGGAAGUGGAGAUUUUAGAUGUUAAUGACAACUCCCCCAGUUUCCCAUGGAGCGAGUUUAAUAUUGACAUCACAGAGUCGGCUGCUCCCGGCUCAUGUUUCCCGUUAGAGAGCGCACAGGAUCAGGACGUGGGCACCAACUCUCUGCGCUCUUACCAGCUAAGCGCAAACGAGCACUUUGUACUAAACAUCCAGACGCGCAACGAUGGAAGCAAGUUUGCUGAGCUCGUGCUGGACACCCCGCUUGACCGGGAAAAGCAAAAAAAGCACGAAAUGGUUCUCACUGCCUUUGACGGGGGCUCUCCGGAAAGAUCUGGGACAGCAGUGAUAACUAUUACAGUGUUAGACGCAAACGAUAACGUGCCCGUAUUUGACCGCUCAGUUUACCGGUCGAGCCUGGUGGAGAACGCACCGCGAGGGACGCUCGUGCUGAAGCUGAACGCCACAGACCUGGAUGAAGGAUCUAAUGGGGAAGUGACCUACGCAUUUAGCGGGCACGCACCCCUCAAGGUGCGGGAACUAUUCAGCGUGGACCCGUACACGGGAGAAAUCCGAGUGAAGGGCAUCGUGGACUAUGAGAAAGCCAGUGUUUUUGAACUGUAUGUGCAGGCUAAAGACAGAGGACCCUCGGCUGUGGCUGUACACUGUAAAGUGCUGGUAGACAUCCUUGAUGUCAAUGACAACGCACCCGAAGUCAUCCUCACAUCAGUGUCCACGCCUGUGCAGGAAGACGCACCACCGGGCACGGUGAUAGCCGUAAUCAGUGUAAUGGACCGGGACUCGGGAGAGAACGGAAACGUUGACUGCCAAAUCCCGAGCAACGUCCCCUUUCAGCUCCAUUCCUCCUUUAAAAACUAUUACACUCUGGUGACAAGCGAGUUUCUGGACAGGGAAGCGGUGUCUGAGUACAAUAUUACCCUCACAGCCCGAGACUUGGGCUCUCCUUCACUCUCCACGAGGAAAACCAUCCUCGUUCAAGUAUCUGACAUUAAUGACAACCCCCCGCGGUUCUCUCAGCCUUCAUAUACUGUUUAUGUGACCGAGAAUAAUGCCCCGGGCGCUUCCAUUUGCUCUGUAACUGCAUUCGACCCCGAUUCUAACCAGAACGCCUAUCUGUCUUACUCUAUUCUCGAGGGUCAGAUCCAGGGCAUGCCCGUGUCCACUUAUGUCUCAAUCAACUCUGACAACGGCAAUAUAUAUGCACUGCGUUCCUUUGAUUAUGAGCAACUUAGAAACUUUCAGAUCUUGGUACAGGCGCAGGACGCUGGAUUCCCCCCUCUCGCCAAUAACAUCACAGUCAACGUCUUUGUUUUGGACCAGAAUGACAAUGCACCUGUUAUUGUAUCCCCUCUGCCCAAAAACGGCACCGUGGCCACAGAGGUGGUUCCGCGGUCAGUAGACGCUGGGUAUCUGGUUACCAAAAUAACAGCGUUAGACGCGGACGCAGGACAAAACUCCCGUCUGUCCUAUCAGGUGUUGCAGGCUACAGACCCGGGGCUGUUCAGUGUGGCUCUGUACACAGGCGAAAUCAGGACUAUUCGCCGGCUGGUGGAGAAAGACGCAACAAGGCAAAGACUGGUAAUACUAGUCAAGGACAACGGACAGCCGCCUCUCUCUGCCACUGUCUCCAUUAUCCUUACAGUGGUAGACAGUGUUCCCGAGUCGCUGUCAGAUUUCGGAGACCUCACACUCAGCCCACAGCCCCCCUCAAACCUCGCUCUCUACUUGAUCGUGUCACUGAGCACAAUAUCUUUAAUAUUCCUUGUGGCUAUUAUCGUGCUGGCUGCAGCCAAGUGUUACAAGGACAGAGACACACUCAGCGGGUACAACCUCCCUCCGCUCGCAUGCUGCUGUUGCGGGGGGUUUCAGCCCGAUCCACCCCCGGAGGUUUUCAAAAAAUCCAACCUCAACCUGCAGAUUUCCUCCGCGGCCAAAGUCCCCACAAACUGUAUGGAGGUGAAUGGAAACAGCAGUCUCUCGCAGUCAUAUUGUUAUAAAGUGUGCCUGACCCCCGAAUCAGCCAAAAGUGACUUUAUGUUUCUGAAGCCGUGCAGCCCCGGGAGCACGCCGAGAAACAACGAGGCGAAGAGCGCAGAAAACUCGUGGAACGCGCAAAGCCGGAGCGCAUCUGUGAACAACGGAGCAACGACUCCCAAUGAGCUGAAGCAGCCGAACACAGACUGGACUCUCACAAAAAAUCAGAACUCCUCCCUUAAAAGUUAUAACUCUAUCAACAUGGAUGGCACCCUCAUGCGUAAAGCUAUGCAUGCAGACCCAGAAAACUACGUCACCUCCAUGGCGCCUGGGCAGUACUGGACCUGGGGUACACACAUGAGAGGGGUGAAAGACUAUAAGAUGUCUCCUUCAACCAGUGGGGUCCCCUCUCGCCCCUGGACUCCUCUGUGCACACCUCCUCCUCAACAGCAGCAGCCAUCGAUACCUCCCCACCCCCACCCUCAUCCACACCCUCAUCCGCACCCCCACCCACCACCUGACUACCACCACAAUGUGCACAUCCCUGGGACACCAUCAGGCUUUUGCACCCUGAGGCCAGCAGUACACCGAAGCGAGCUGGACGUCCACAAUGCAUUCUCAACCUUUGGGAAGAAGCGUCGUCUCCAGAUGUCCCCCCAGGGAGAGGCUGCGAUUAUAAAUAAUGACUUGUACAAUGACUGUUCCCUAUCUGCAUUUGACCCUGACCUCCAUGAAAACCAGUAUCUAGUUUAUUUCAUCCUAGAGAGGGAGAUAGCCAACACCUCCAUGUCCAUGCUGUUCUCCAUCAACCCAGAGAACGGGAAUCUUUACGCACUAAAAACUUUUGACUAUGAGAUCGAGAAGGAGUUUCUCUUCCACAUCGAGGCCAGGGACUCUGGCUCUCCUCCUCUCAGCAGUAACGUGACGGUGCACAUCAUCAUUGUGGACCAGAACGACAACGCUCCGGUUAUUGUGUCUCCGUGGCGCGCACACGGCUCGGUGGUGGAGGAAAAGAUCCCCAGAUCUACCGAUAAAGGCUCUCUGGUUUCUAAAGUGAUAGCCUUGGACACAGACUCGGUGCACAACUCCCGGAUAACCUACCAGUUCCUGCAGGUGACUGACGCCACCUUGUUCAGUCUGGACCAAUACAACGGAGAGAUCCGGACCAUGAGGAUGUUCAGCUACAGAGACCCGCGCCACCAGAGACUGGUUGUUGUUGCCAAGGACAACGGGCAGCCUGCCCUCUCUGCUACAGUCACCAUCAAGCUGUCCACAGUGGAGACUGCCGUGAAGGCCUACUCUGACAUGACCGAGGUGCCUCUAGAAUAUGACAUCUUCUCAGACCUCAACCUGUACCUGGUCAUCGGUCUGGGCUCCGUGUCAUUUCUCCUGCUGAUCACCAUACUGGUCACCAUCGUAAUCAAGUGUCAGAAACCCAAGCCCAGCAAAGCGGCUCCUCCCUGCAGGAACAGUGUGAUCAGUGAGGGGAACUCCACCAUCGCAGACUCCACUCUGGUCUCCAACGACGCCUACUGUGCUGUAAACCAGCCCACAACAAUGGGGUCAUUUGUAACAAUGCAGUCUUGCAGAAGGUACGUGGUGCUCGUUAUUUUUCUUUCUUUCGUUGGUAACAUAUCGACUUCAGUGACACAUUAUUCAAUACCGGAGGAAAUGAAAGAAGGAUCAGUUUUAGCUAACAUUGCUACGGAUCUUAGCCUGGAUAUAAAUACACUGAAUCAGAGGAAGAUGCGUCUUGACAUUAUUGCAAAUAAGAAAUAUCUGGAUGUGAACAAAGAGACUGGAGAACUGUAUAUUGUAGAGAAGAUUGACAGAGAAUACAUGUGUCUUGCAAAGUCGUCUUGUUAUCUCAAACUGGAGGUUAUACUAGAAAAUCCAAUCCGCAUUUUUAAUAUAGAAGUAGAAAUUCUGGAUAUGAACGACAACGCCCCGCAAUUUCGGAGAGACGUCAUACAUUUAGACAUUUCUGAAGCAACGCCGAAAGGAGAGAGGUUCUCUCUCAGCAAUGCAGUUGAUCCUGAUGUUGGAAGCAAUUCAGUAAAAACAUACAAUUUUAGCGAAAGUGAACAUUUUAAUAUUGAAGUUCAGACUGGAAGAGAUGGGUCAAAAUUUGCGGAAUUAAUCUUAACAAAGAGUUUAGACCGAGAGCAGCAGGCUGUGCAUAAUUUAAUUCUCACAGCUGUAGAUGGAGGCACACCUGCACGUUCUGGCAUGGCAAGUGUUAUCGUUCGUGUUUUAGACACAAAUGACAACACUCCUACUUUUGACAAAAUAAAUUACAGUAUUAAAAUCAUGGAAAAUUCUCCCAUUGGAAGUCUUGUUGUUCAUCUUAAUGCAACAGACUUAGACGAGGGGUCAAAUUCUGAUAUAACAUACUCUUACAGUUUAUAUACAUCAGAGAAAACCCAGGAAACAUUUAAUCUGAAUCCUUCCUCUGGUGAAAUUACUGUUAAAGGAAUGUUAAAUUAUGAGGACUUCAGGAUUUAUGAUAUGGAGGUUAUAGCAACUGAUAAAGGAGCCAAUAGUUUAUCAGGACAAUGCACUGUAAACAUUCUGGUUGAAGACAUGAAUGACAACCACCCAGAAAUAUCUAUUAAAUCCUUUCAGAGUCCAGUCAAUGAAAACAUAGAAUUAGACACAGUGAUAGCAGUGGUGAGUGUCAGUGAUAAAGACUCUGGGGACAAUGGAGUGGUUGAUCUUCACAUUCCUGAUAACAUGCCUUUCAAACUGAGGGAGUCCUCUGAUAACUAUUAUGAAUUAGUGGUGUCAGAGCCGUUAGAUCGUGAGAGGGUCCCUGAAUAUGACAUCACUUUCACUGUGACAGACAGAGGCUCUCCUCCUUUGUCUGACAAUGAGACCAUGACCUUAGAGCUGCUGGAUGUUAAUGACAAUGUGCCACAGUUCCCUCAGUCAUUUUAUACUAUACGUGUGGAGGAGAAUAACGCUCCUGGAGCCCUGCUCAGUUCCCCAACUGCGUUUGACCCUGACCUCCAUGAAAACCAGUAUCUAGUUUAUUUCAUCCUAGAGAGGGAGAUAGCCAACACCUCCAUGUCCAUGCUGUUCUCCAUCAACCCAGAGAACGGGAAUCUUUACGCACUAAAAACUUUUGACUAUGAGAUCGAGAAGGAGUUUCUCUUCCACAUCGAGGCCAGAGACUCUGGCUCUCCUCCUCUCAGCAGUAAUGUGACGGUGCACAUCAUCAUUGUGGACCAGAACGACAACGCUCCGGUUAUUGUGUCUCCGUGGCGCGCACACGGCUCGGUGGUGGAGGAAAAGAUCCCCAGAUCCACCGAUAAAGGCUCUCUGGUUUCUAUGAUAGCCUUGGACACAGACUCGGUGCACAACUCCCGGAUCACCUACCAGUUCCUGCAGGUGACUGACGCCACCUUGUUCAGUCUGGACCAAUACAACGGAGAGAUCCGGACCAUGAGGAUGUUCAGCUACAGAGACCCGCGCCACCAGAGACUGGUUGUUGUUGCCAAGGACAACGGGCAGCCUGCCCUCUCUGCUACAGUCACCAUCAAGCUGUCCACAGUGGAGACUGCCGUGAAGACCUACUCUGACAUGACUGAGGUGCCUCUAGAAUAUGACAUCUUCUCAGACCUCAACCUGUACCUGGUCAUCGGUCUGGGCUCCGUGUCAUUUCUCCUGCUGAUCACCAUACUGGUCACCAUCGUGAUCAAGUGUCAGAAACCCAAGCCCAACAAAGCGGCUCCUCCCUGCAGGAACAGUGUGAUCAGUGAGGGGAACUCCACCAUCGCAGACUCCACUCUGGUCUCCAACGACGCCUACUGGUACAGUAUGUUUCUAGCAGAGACCAGGAAAGGAAAGAUGGUGGUCAGACAGCCUGUGCCAAAGGGCUCCAGAUACAUCGUGUCCAGUUUACCACGAGGCACUGGACUCACAGACACUAGUGGAUCAGCAGCCUCCACCCUGCAGGUAUGUUCAGUGAUACUGCACGCAACAAUGGGGUCCUUUUUAAAAAUGCAGUCUUGCAGAAGGUACGUGGUGCUCGUUAUUUUUCUUUCUUUCUUUCGUAACAUAUCGACUUCAGAGACUCAUUAUUCAAUACCGGAAGAAAUGAAUGAAGGAUCUGUUGUAGCUAAUAUUGCUACAGAUCUCAGCCUGGAUGUUAAGACACUGAAUCAGAGGAAGAUGCGUGUUGACAGUAUUGCAAAUAAGAAAUAUCUGGAUGUGAACAAAGAGACUGGAGAACUGUACAUUGUAGAGAAGAUUGACAGGGAAAAUAUUUGCCCGAGCAAGUCAUCAGCGUCUUGUUACCUCCGAUUGGAGGUAAUCCUUGAAAACCCACUACGAAUCUUUAACAUAGAAGUGGAACUUUUGGAUAUGAACGACAACGCCCCGCAAUUUCGGAGAGAGGCCAUACAUUUAGACAUAUCUGAAGCAACGCCGAAAGGGGAGAGGUUCUCUCUCAGCAAUGCAGUUGAUCCUGAUGUUGGAAGCAAUUCAGUGAAAACAUACAAUCUGAGUGAAAGUGAACAUUUUAAUAUUGAAGUUCAGACUGGAAGAGAUGGAUCGAAAUCUGCAGAAUUAAUCUUAACAAAGAGUUUAGACCGAGAGCAGCAGGCUGUGCAUAAUUUAAUUCUCACAGCUGUAGAUGGAGGCACACCUGCACGUUCUGGCACUGCAAGUGUUAUCGUUCAUGUUUCCGACACGAAUGACAACACUCCUACUUUUGACAAAACAAAUUACAGCAUCAAAAUAAUGGAAAAUUCUCCCAUUGGAAGUCUUGUUGUUCAUCUUAAUGCAACAGACUUAGACGAGGGGUCAAAUUCUGAUAUAACAUACUCUUACAGUUUAUAUACAUCAGAGAAAACGCAGGACACAUUUAAUCUGAAUCCUUCCUCUGGUGAAAUUACUGUUAAAGGAAUGUUAAAUUAUGAGGACUUCAGGAUUUAUGAUAUGGAAGUUAUAGCAACUGAUAAAGGAGCCAAUAGUUUAUCAGGACAAUGCACUGUAAACAUUCUGGUUGAAGACAUGAAUGACAACCACCCAGAAAUAUCUAUUAAAUCCUUUCAGAGUCCAGUCAAUGAAAACAUAGAAUUAGACACAGUGAUAGCAGUGGUGAGUGUCCGUGAUAAAGACUCAGGGGACAAUGGAGUGGUUGAUCUUCACAUUCCUGAUAACAUGCCUUUCAAACUGAGGGAGUCCUCUGAUAACUAUUAUGAAUUAGUGGUGUCAGAGCCGUUAGACCGUGAGAGGGUCCCUGAAUAUGACAUCACUUUCACUGUGACAGACAGAGGCUCUCCUCCUUUAUCUGACAAUGAGACCAUGACCUUAGAGCUGCUGGAUGUUAAUGACAAUGUUCCACAGUUCCCUCAGUCAUUUUAUACUAUACGUGUGGAGGAGAAUAACGCUCCUGGAGCCCUGCUCAGUUCCCCAACUGCGUUUGACCCUGACCUCCAUGAAAACCAGUAUCUAGUUUAUUUCAUCCUAGAGAGGGAGAUAGCCAACACCUCCAUGUCCAUGCUGUUCUCCAUCAACCCAGAGAACGGGAAUCUUUACGCACUAAAAACUUUUGACUAUGAGAUCGAGAAGGAGUUUCUCUUCCACAUCGAGGCCAGAGACUCUGGCUCUCCUCCUCUCAGCAGUAACGUGACGGUGCACAUCAUCAUUGUGGACCAGAACGACAACGCUCCGGUUAUUGUGUCUCCGUGGCGCGCACACGGCUCUGUGGUGGAGGAAAAGAUCCCCAGAUCCACCGAUAAAGGCUCUCUGGUUUCUAAAGUGAUAGCCUUGGACACAGACUCGGUGCACAACUCCCGGAUCACCUACCAGUUCCUGCAGGUGACUGACGCCACCUUGUUCAGUCUGGACCAAUACAACGGAGAGAUCCGGACCAUGAGAAUGUUCAGCUACAGAGACCCGCGCCACCAGAGACUGGUUGUUGUUGCCAAGGACAACGGGCAGCCUGCCCUCUCUGCUACAGUCACUAUCAAGCUGUCCACAGUGGAGACUGCCGUGAAGACCUACUCUGACAUGACUGAGGUGCCUCUAGAAUAUGACAUCUUCUCAGACCUCAACCUGUACCUGGUCAUCGGUCUGGGCUCCGUGUCAUUUCUCCUGCUGAUCACCAUACUGGUCACCAUCGUGAUCAAGUGUCAGAAACCCAAGCCCAGCAAAGCGGCUCCUCCCUGCAGGAACAGUGUGAUCAGUGAGGGGAACUCCACCAUCGCAGACUCCACUCUGGUCUCCAACGACGCCUACUGGUACAGUAUGUUUCUAGCAGAGACCAGGAAAGGAAAGAUGGUGGUCAGACAGCCUGUGCCAAAGGGCUCCAGAUACAUCGUGUCCAGUUUACCACGAGGCACUGGACUCACAGACACUAGUGGAUCAGCAGCCUCCACUCUGCAGAUCGCUAAAGGUGCAGUGAUACUGCACGCAACGGGGUCCUUUUUAAAAAUGCAGUCUUGCAGAAGGUACGUGCUGCUUGUUGUUUUUCUUUCUUUCGCUGGUAACAUAUCGACCUCAGAGACUCAUUAUUCAAUACCAGAAGAAAUGAAAGAAGGAUCAGUUGUAGCUAAUAUUGCUACCGAUCUCAGCCUGGAUGUUAAGACACUGAAUCAGAGGAAGAUGCGUCUUGACAUUAUUGCAAAUAAGAAAUAUCUGGAUGUGAACAAAGAGACUGGAGAACUGUAUAUUGUAGAGAAGAUUGACAGGGAAAAUAUUUGCAAUACAAAAUCAUCAGCAUCUUGUUACCUCCGAUUGGAGGUAAUCCUUGAAAACCCAGUACGAAUUUUUAAUAUAGAAGUUGAAAUUUUGGAUAUGAACGACAACGCCCCGCAAUUUCGGAGAGACGUCAUACAUUUAGACAUUUCUGAAGCAACGCCGAAAGGAGAGAGAUUCUCUCUCAGCAAUGCAGUUGAUCCUGAUGUUGGAAGCAAUUCAGUAAAAACCUACCAUCUGAGUGGAAGUGAACAUUUUAAUAUUGAAGUUCAGACUGGAAGAGAUGGGUCAAAAUCUGCAGAAUUAAUCUUAACAAAGAGUUUAGACCGAGAGCAGCAGGCUGUGCAUACUUUAAUUCUCACAGCUGUAGAUGGAGGCACACCUGCACGUUCUGGCACUGCAAGUGUUAUCGUUCGUGUUUUAGACACAAAUGACAACACUCCUACUUUUGACAAAAUUAACUACAAUAUUAAAAUAAUGGAAAAUUCUCCCAUUGGAAGUCUGGUUGUUCAUCUUAAUGCAACAGACUUAGAUGAGGGGUCCAAUUCUGAUAUAACAUACUCCUACAGUUUAUAUACAUCAGAGAAAACGCAGGAAACAUUUAAUCUGAAUCCUUCCUCUGGUGAAAUUACUGUUAAAGGAAUGUUAAAUUAUGAGGACUUCAGGAUUUAUGAUAUGGAAGUUAUAGCAACUGAUAAAGGAGCCAAUAGUUUAUCAGGACAAUGCACUGUAAACAUUCUGGUUGAAGACAUGAAUGACAACCACCCAGAAAUAUCUAUUAAAUCCUUUCAGAGUCCAGUCAAUGAAAACAUAGAAUUAGACACAGUGAUAGCAGUGGUGAGUGUCAGUGAUAAAGACUCAGGAGACAAUGGAGUGGUUGAUCUUCACAUUCCUGAUAACAUGCCUUUCAAACUGAGGGAGUCCUCUGAUAACUAUUAUGAAUUAGUGGUGUCAGAGCCGUUAGACCGUGAGAGGGUCCCUGAAUAUGACAUCACUUUCACUGUGACAGACAGAGGCUCUCCUCCUUUGUCUGACAAUGAGACCAUGACGUUAGAGCUGCUGGAUGUUAAUGACAAUGUUCCACAGUUCCCUCAGUCAUUUUAUACUAUACGUGUGGAGGAGAAUAACGCUCCUGGAGCCCUGCUCAGUUCCCCAACUGCGUUUGACCCUGACCUCCAUGAAAACCAGUAUCUAGUUUAUUUCAUCCUAGAGAGGGAGAUAGCCAACACCUCCAUGUCCAUGCUGUUCUCCAUCAACCCAGAGAACGGGAAUCUUUACGCACUAAAAACGUUUGACUAUGAGAUUGAGAAGGAGUUUCUCUUCCACAUCGAGGCCAGAGACUCUGGCUCUCCUCCUCUCAGCAGUAACGUGACGGUGCACAUCAUCAUUGUGGACCAGAACGACAACGCUCCGGUUAUUGUGUCUCCGUGGCGCGCACACGGCUCUGUGGUGGAGGAAAAGAUCCCAAGAUCUACCGAUAAAGGCUCUCUGGUUUCUAAAGUGAUAGCCUUGGACACAGACUCGGUGCACAACUCCCGGAUCACCUACCAGUUCCUGCAGGUGACUGACGCCACCUUGUUCAGUCUGGACCAAUACAACGGAGAGAUCCGGACCAUGAGGAUGUUCAGCUACAGAGACCCGCGCCACCAGAGACUGGUUGUUGUUGCCAAGGACAACGGGCAGCCUGCCCUCUCUGCUACAGUCACCAUCAAGCUGUCCACAGUGGAGACUGCCGUGAAGGCCUACUCUGACAUGACAGAGGUGCCUCUAGAAUAUGACAUCUUCUCAGACCUCAACCUGUACCUGGUCAUCGGUCUGGGCUCCGUGUCAUUUCUCCUGCUGAUCACCAUACUGGUCACCAUCGUAAUCAAGUGUCAGAAACCCAAGCCCAGCAAAGCGGCUCCUCCCUGCAGGAACAGUGUGAUCAGUGAGGGGAACUCCACCAUCGCAGACUCCACUCUGGUCUCCAACGACGCCUACUGGUACAGUAUGUUUCUAGCAGAGACCAGGAAAGGAAAGAUGGUGGUCAGACAGCCUGUGCCCAAGGGCUCCAGAUACAUCGUGUCCAGUUUACCACGAGGCACUGGACUCACAGACACUAGUGGAUCAGCAGCCUCCACUCUGCAGUUAUGUUCAAUGGCUCGUCUAAUUCAUCAGUAUUCCUGCACAGGGUACGUUUUCAUAUUUCUCUUUCUUUCUGCCAUAAUGCACACGGUGUCCCCCGUGACCCAUUAUUCUGUUCCCGAAGAAAUGGAAGAAGGCUCAGUCGUUGCUAAUUUAGCAAUUGAUCUGGGAUUAGACGUGAAGACUCUGAAUAAGAGGGAAAUGCGCGUAGAUCUCGUAGGAAAUAAAAAGUAUAUCGACAUCAACAAAGACACAGGAGAGCUGUUCAUGCAGGAAAGGAUCGACAGAGAGCUUUUAUGCCCCUUGAAGACAACAACGUGCUUUCUCAGAUUAGACGCUACGAUUGAAAACCCGAUACGAAUGUUUAACAUUGAGGUGGAAAUCACGGACAUUAACGACAACGCUCCUCAUUUCCGACGGGGAACGAUGCAUUUGGACAUAUCUGAAUCAAGCCCUGUUGGAGAGAGAUUCUCAUUGAACAAUGCUGCAGACCCGGAUGUUGGAACAAAUUCUGUGAACAAUUACCAUCUGAGCUCAAGUGAACAUUUCUCCAUCGAAAUUCAGACCGGGAGAGACGGGACAAAGUUUGCGGAUUUGAUUUUGAAAAAAGCAUUAGAUAGAGAGCAGCAGGCUGUGCAUAAUCUUAUUCUCACUGCUGUGGACGGUGGAGUGCCCACGCGCACAGGUACAGCCAGCAUCAUUGUUCGCGUGCUUGAUGUGAACGACAACGCCCCGUCAUUUGAUAAAGACAAAUACAUCAUAGAUGUGAUGGAAAACUCCCCCAUUGGCAGUCUAGUAAUACAAUUAAAAGCUACUGAUUUAGACGAAGGGUCAAAUUCUGAUAUUAUUUAUUCAUAUAGUUUAUAUACAUCAGAGAGAACACAACAGGUGUUUAACUUAAAUCCAGAAAAUGGUGAAAUCAGAGUGAAAGAGAUGAUAAAUUACGAAGAUUUUAAACUUUAUGACAUGGAAGUUAUUGCCAGUGAUAAGGGGCCUAACUCCUUAACAGGACAGUGUAAACUGACAAUACAGGUGGCAGACAUGAAUGACAAUCAUCCAGAAAUAUCCAUCAAGUCUUUUCAAAGUCCAAUUAAAGAAAACAUAGAAUUAGACACAGUGAUAGCAGUGGUGAGUGUCAGUGAUAAAGACUCAGGGGACAAUGGAGUGGUUGAUCUUCACAUUCCUGAUAACAUGCCUUUCAAACUGAGGGAGUCCUCUGAUAACUAUUAUGAAUUAGUGGUGUCAGAGCCGUUAGACCGUGAGAGGGUCCCUGAAUAUGACAUCACUUUCACUGUGACAGACAGAGGCUCUCCUCCUUUGUCUGACAAUGAGACCAUGACCUUAGAGCUGCUGGAUGUUAAUGACAAUGUUCCACAGUUCCCUCAGUCAUUCUAUACUAUACGUGUGGAGGAGAAUAACGCUCCUGGAGCCCUGCUCAGUUCCCCAACUGCGUUUGACCCUGACCUCCAUGAAAACCAGUAUCUAGUUUAUUUCAUCCUAGAGAGGGAGAUAGCCAACACCUCCAUGUCCAUGCUGUUCUCCAUUAACCCAGAGAACGGGAAUCUUUACGCACUAAAAACUUUUGACUAUGAGAUCGAGAAGGAGUUUCUCUUCCACAUCGAGGCCAGGGACUCUGGCUCUCCUCCUCUCAGCAGUAACGUGACGGUGCACAUCAUCAUUGUGGACCAGAACGACAACGCUCCGGUUAUUGUGUCUCCGUGGCGCGCACACGGCUCUGUGGUGGAGGAAAAGAUCCCCAGAUCUACCGAUAAAGGCUCUCUGGUUUCUAAAGUGAUAGCCUUGGACACAGACUCGGUGCACAACUCCCGGAUCACCUACCAGUUCCUGCAGGUGACUGACGCCACCUUGUUCAGUCUGGACCAAUACAACGGAGAGAUCCGGACCAUGAGGAUGUUCAGCUACAGAGACCCGCGCCACCAGAGACUGGUUGUCGUUGCCAAGGACAACGGGCAGCCUGCCCUCUCUGCUACAGUCACCAUCAAGCUCUCCACAGUGGAGACUGCCGUGAAGACCUACUCUGACAUGACCGAGGUGCCUCUAGAAUAUGACAUCUUCUCAGACCUCAACCUGUACCUGGUCAUCGGUCUGGGCUCCGUGUCAUUUCUCCUGCUGAUCACCAUACUGGUCACCAUCGUAAUCAAGUGUCAGAAACCCAAGCCCAACAAAGCGGCUCCUCCCUGCAGGAACAGUGUGAUCAGUGAGGGGAACUCCACCAUCGCAGACUCCACUCUGGUCUCCAACGACGCCUACUGGUAUAGUAUGUUUCUAGCAGAGACCAGGAAAGGAAAGAUGGUGGUCAGACAGCCUGUGCCCAAGGGCUCCAGAUACAUCGUGUCCAGUUUACCACGAGGCACUGGACUCACAGACACUAGUGGAUCAGCAGCCUCCACUCUGCAGGUAUGGAAACACCUCAAUUAAACAUAGCUAUACAAAAGUAUGGUCUUUUUGCAAACUACAUUAUGUAUGUGUUUUGCCCACAGCUCUCCACACUCUUAAAAAUUAAAUUAUGUUAUUGUUUAAUAGGUUUGUAUAAAAACACAUAUACCAUCGUUGGUAAAAGGUUACAGAUAUAAUUGAAGUGUUCCUACAAGUAUUUGCUUCUUGUAAUAGAUUAGAUAUUUGCAAUAUUUGCCCCUUCCACAUCAGGGUUUCUUGCACAUUGUUCUUAGAUUUGGCUCAAGGUGGACAGGCAACAACAAAAUAAUUGAUUGCGCUCUUUGUGGGAGCAUGACAUAAACACCAAACUAAUUAUAAUGACAUUUAAAGAAAAAAAACACAAAAUAAAAACAGGAGUGCAGCAACAUACAGUAUCUCAACAUACUUGAAUGAUUUCAGCAACACAAAUCUGCGUGUAAGUGUGACACGAAGGAAAGGAUAGUGGCGUAAUUUGAACCGAUAGUUUAUUGUGUUUUAUUAACGUUAUUAAAUACAUAUAUUAAAGAUCCGUUUUAUUAAAGACGGUUCAACAGAAAAAGCAAAAUUGC